AUGGACUCACACAAUAUCAGAGUUUUUCAAUCACAAGAUAUUUUGUGCCCACACGAUCUCGGACAGCCCUACUGCAGUGCUGCGAGUGAUAGUUUAUUCUGGGUCGCAUACAAUGGAAUUGUCAAAGGCUACUCGACACAAACAACACAGAAAGAGUUUCAUUGCCUUUAUGAAUUUCAGCCUUUGUGGAAUCAAGUGGAUGCUAUUCAUUAUUUGCCAGAUAUUAGGAGAGUAAUUACGGUGGAAAGGAGAGUUUUAUAUUCAUCAUCUUCAUCAUCAUUGAAUGGAGGAGCAACAAUAACAUCCUCUCCGAUGAAUAAUAGUUUAAAUGUUUUGGCAACAUCAUCAAAUUUGACGGAUUUUAAAUCAAAUCUCACGAGUGUUAAUAAUAAUAACAGUCAGGGAACAAAUGGUGGAGUGAGUGUGGAGCAAUGUUGUAGAGUUUAUCAUUUUGAUUAUGAUAAGAAGGAGAGAAAGACAAUAAUUACACCUUCUACAUUACCGAUUCAACAUUUUACGACAUUUGCUAGUGGAGAUUCUUUAAAUAGUGAAUUGCUUAUUUCUGUCUGUACAUAUAGUAAUCAACUGUUGACUUGUGUGAAGGAUGUUAUUUCAUUGUGGAAAUUUACAAAUCAUGAUACAUCUGUUUGUGUGUUAAAACUUCACACUUCUUGGAAUGUCAAGUGUAUUUCUGUUUUUAACCAAUUUAUUGGGUACGGAACAACAAAAGAUGUCCGUGUUGUGGAAUUAAAAUUAAAAGACAGUCAAAAGUUUGAAUUUGUGGAGAAUAUUCAAGAGGAUGACCUCAUGGAAGAAGCUGAAUUACAAAACAAUGCAGAAAUUCUCAACACUAAAAAUCUAUCACUAUUGGAUAUUCAAAAGAAAAUUCAAUCAAGAAUUCAGGAUCAAUUUAUUGGACCAACUAUUGAAACUCAAUCCACACCAACCAGUACUUCCAUUCUACAAAGGCAAAGAAAUGGAUCUGGUCCCCUCACAAACAAGACAAUGGCCAUGUAUUGGGGUAAAAGUCAAUUGGAAUCUAGUGACGAAAUACAAAUUCGUCUCGAUAUGGCAACCAAAGAAUUACUUCCUUCUCCAGCCACUCAGAAAUACAGUGAGGCUGUAGCAAUAACACCUGAGGAUAGAAAGAAGAAAAAGACUGCCAUUACAUUUUCAACUAAUAUUGCCUAUGAUAUUGUUGGAGAAACCACAACAGUCGAUCACCCAGCUUUUGUAAAUACUCACUACAUUGAGGCUUGUACCAAUUUACUUCACAAACAUUUCACCGAUGAGGAAAGUCCAAGAUCUAUUCACUUUCUUCAAAACAUUGCUCAAAAGAGAGACUUUAAUCAAAAUACAGGCAUGAAAUGUAUUUUGAGUACUUCAACUUGUGGUUAUGUUUAUGGAUUAUCGAGUCCUCAACAAUUACUUUGCGAAUUUGAAUAUACAGGAGAAUGCUUAAUGAGUGCUGUCAAUUCAUUGUUCCUUUAUGCUAUUACACCAGUAGGAUUGGAAAUUUGGUCAGUUCUUGGCAGUAAUAAUGGUUGCCUUCUCAGGUUCCAUCCUUUCAUUGGUCUCAAGAACGUCUCUGCCACAGACAAGCAUGUCAUUCUUCUCUCCAAGAUGAGCAGCAACGAGAAUGUUUCCAUUGCUGCCUAUUAUAACCAACAGACAGAGAAGACUGUUCUCGUGUCUGACAUGAGAAGCAUUGAGAAAGUCAGUAGAGCUUCAACAGCCAAAGAGGGUUCAAGAAGUGGCUCACUCCUACCAAUUUUCAGUGCAAGAAGAAAAAAGGAAGAACCAAAAUCCACAGCCCAACCAGUUGUUGAAGAAUUUUCCUAUAACAUUUAUGCCCUGAACUCGGUAGAAUUAUGUGAAAUUUAUGAAGACAUGCUCGAACAUGCCAUAAUGUACAAGACCCAAGAUAAUGCCAAGUAUAUGAAACUUUUGAAGGAAUCUCACAGCUUAUUGCAAUCAAAAUAUUUUGAACUUUUAGCAAAGGAAAAGAAAUUGGAUAGACCAGAGACAGAUCCGGUCAUUAUUUUAAAAACAAGAGUGGACUUGCAAAACUAUACUACAUUAUUGAAGAGAUCAUUCGGAUUAAUAGGUGAUACCUAUGUUUCUGCUGGACAAAUCGAUAAGGCAGCCUAUGCUUAUUCGAAUAGUGACAGACCAAUCGAUAAUGUCUUUGAGAAUUUGUCUGUUAGAGAAGAAUCUCUUCUUCUCUUCCUGGAUCAUGUUCUCUUUGAUAAUGACAUUAGCAAUAUGGAGAAGGUUUGCUCAGAAGAAUUGGGUGAUAAAAUACUCUCCAUUUACAGGCAAAGAACGCCACACAGAUUGUCCAAUGUCAUCUUAUCUGGUAGUAUUAACUUUUCCAAGAGUCAUGCCAUCUCACUAUUGCAUGAAAUCAGUGAAGAAUAUAUCAAGGCUCAACAGACUGUUUCUCAACUUGAAAUGAGUCAAGGAGAGCAAAACUGCAUUGGAGAACAAUCUUGGUUUGAUAUCAUGCCUAAAGAUGCAAUUGUUCUUUCAUUGAUGCAAUUGAACAAUGGAGAAGCUGAGCAAGCUAUUACAAUUUUAAGGUCUGUGGAAGGCAACUGUUUGGUUGACUUUUUGAUCAAUUAUCCAAACUUGUUAACUUCACCAAGCGAGCCAUUCUCCUUGUUUGCAAAAACUAUUAGAGAAUAUGCUCCAUGGUGUUUAUUGGAAGCCCUUGUACGUUUGACCUCUGCUAAUUGUUGUCCAUUAGAAACUCAACACGUUCUCAAUUUGCUGAAGGGAGAAGAAAUCAAAUUUACAGCUGAAGAACUUCCAAUUACACCUCUUGUGAUGCAACAAAUCUACUUGUCCUCACUACUUAUUGCUGGCGAUUAUACAAAUGAGAAAAUACUAAUUGAUAAUGCUCUCCUAUUACUCAAAGUAUUCAUAUCGGAAUUGGAACAAGUAACUCUAACAUUGAAGCAAUCUGACAUUGAGUUAUUGGUCAAGUGUGUUAAGAGUAAGGUGGAUUUGAUUAAUUCUUUGAAUUCUCCUCAACCUUUCAUGUCUCCUUCAGAUAUUUCAUCAAAUGAAGAUAUUAUAGGUCAAGAGUUUGCUCCCCUCAUCUCAAACCUUUCACAACUUCAAGAUUUGAAGCAAUAUUGUUCCUUCCUCCACUAUUCAUUUAUUCCUUUCCGUGAAAAUCUCAAAUGGCCAAAAGAAUUUGUAAAUUAUGAGUUUGAAAAGAAUAGAGACUCGUUUGGAAAUGUAAACUCUAAAACCCUCUCAGAAAAGUACAACGAUGUUAAUAGUAUUUUAGAGAGCAUUUCAAUGGCAGAUGCUACCCUCUUUUCUCUUACAGAGAAUGACCCAUUCCUUUUAAUGAUUCACUUGUUGUACAGUGCCCAAGGUUUGAUUUGCUUCUUUGUUCAACUUCUUUCAGGAAAUGGCGAUCUUUUCCAAGAAUUUAUCAAGAUUAUUGAAUCUUCCAACGCUCAUUCUACAGUUGGUUUUGAGACUUUGAAAAUUUUGUGUAUGACUGGUUCAAAACAACUCAAGGAAGGCAUUGAAAGAUUAUUUGAAAUUCUUGGACAAGUGAAUGAAGACAAUGAAAAUUUCAAAUCUAAAAUGGAUGUUCUCUAUGGAUUCAUUCAGGAACACUGCAAGAAUGUUGAGGAAUGGAAGUGUGUUCUCCAGUUAAUCUUUGAAUACAUUCAACAAGUCGAAUCAGUCAAUACCCAAGAUUCCAAGCCUGCCAUCUGUCCUAAAUUCCUCUACAAUUUACUAGAUCGUGUGUUGAGAAAUUUGGCACUUACCAACACUCCUGAGGAAUUCCUCACUCUAAUCCCAAAGAAUGGCAACAACGAGAUUGGUAAUCAGCCUCACGAACAACACAACGUUGUUACUCCUCCGAAUAAUUAUAAUAAUGCAACGAAUACAACGGAUGAUGAGGAUUUGGAAUUGGGAGUGGAUGAUUUGGAUUUUAUUAAUAGUUCCUUCUCGGACCGUACACCAUUGAAUAAGGAUUUUAAUGAUGAUGCAAGAUCAGAUUUUUCAAACACUGAUAAUUUAAUACAGACACCAUCAGAAAGAGUGAACAGUGGAGGGAGAUCUAUUCAGACAAUUGUUGGAUCUUGGUUUGAGAGAGUUAAAAAAUGGUUUGGCAGUAGUAUUUCAUGGCUGAUUUUUGCAUCAAUAGUUACAGUUUUAAUUUGGCAGCUGCCAUCGGAUGUUGGACGAUAUAUUGCUUAUCCAUUUACGAUAUUUGGAACAUUUUGGCACGAGAUGGGACAUGCCACAAGCGCUUUACUUUGUGGAAAUAGUUUGAAAUACAUUAUUAUUGAAAGCAAUGGAUCAGGAUUGACUGUCUAUGCCGAUUAUGCAGAUAGUAGGAUAUGUAAUGCUAUCAUUAGUGUGAAUGGACCUCUUGGUCCAACAUUCUUUGGCUGUUUAAUCAUUUGCUUAUCUGUUCUCUUUGUGAAACAUGAAAUAUUCUCGAGAAUUUUACUUGGUUUAAUUUCAGUCAUUGUAUUUGUUUGUACAGUUUUACUGGUGAGAAAAUCAUUAUUUGGUAUCAUUUUCUUACCAUGUCUUGCUGUAAUUCUCUUGGUAAUGUCUGUCAAAGCAAAUGGAAAGAUACUGACAUUUUCAUUGCAAUUCAUUGGAGUUCAAAUGGCUAUUUCCAUGUAUCAGAAUAUUCUCUACCUCUUCUCCAAAAUGGAUGGUAAAUCAGAUACUGGCUCUGUAGAGGUUCUCUUCAAUGGAUUAGUUCCCUAUUGGAUGGUAGCAAUAUUCAUCAUUAUUGUGAAUGUCAUUUUAAUCUUGGUGAGCUUUCUCUUUGUCUUUCGUCAAUCCCUCAAACAGAGUACCUAA